AUGUUGCUGAAGUUUAAAUUUGACAAAAUAUUCUCAAAAUAGGUGACAAUAAACUGGAUUUAGAAUAGACCUUUUGCACAAGGAGAGAGAUUGAAGAAUAGAAAUAGAGUAGGCAAGUAAGGUAUUUAGAAUCCUGAUGUGAGUAAAGCAGUGCAAAAUUUACCUGAGAGACAAAGGUUUUACGUUGAGACCGAUGAAUCUUAAUACAUAUUGGGGUCGGUUUAAUAAUAGGCUAAGGAAUCUAUAACAAAGUAGGGCAUCGAGUUUGUUGGAGGAAAAGAACAAAAAAUAACUCAAAAUGAAAUACUUAGAGAGACAUUUGAAUUAAAUUCAGCUAAAGGUUUAGAUUACUCAUAGGAAUCUCAGAUGGGAUUUAAAACACCAAUAAAUUAGGAUAAUCGCAUUUUAAAUGCUCAAGAUCAUCCUGAGGAUUAGGAAGCUGGCUGA